AUGGCUGUAUUGGUGAUCGCUUCCUUCCUGAUAGCCUAUUGUUGUGGGAGGUACUCGAGGGAUGGCAGCUCACUUGCUGGGAGCGAGAGUGGGAAGAGGAGGAGUAGUUAUUCCGGAGUUAAGAGGAGGGUUUAUGCCAACAAUGGAAGUUUGAUGGAAAUUACAAGAGGCUUCAACUUAGCUAAUCAAGCUCCACAAGUUUCAGCCUCAGAUAAGACAAUAGAGAAAGCUGAAGAAGAGAAAGCUGUCACUUCUUCUUGGAUUGAAGCAGUUUUUCCUGAAACAGCCCGGCCUUAUGCCUACCUUGUCCGCUUGGACAACCCGACCGGGACGUUUUUAUUUGCAUGGCCAUGCUUGUGGUCGCUUGCAUUCACUGCGAACCCCGGCAGCCUUCCUGAUAUGAAGAUGUUGGCAUUCUUUUUCCUGGUGUCUUUUAUGUCAAGAAAUAUUGCAUGCACCAUUAACGAUUAUUUUGACAAGGAUUUUGAUGCACAGGUUGAGCGAACCAAAGGAAGGCCGCUUGCCUCUGGGGCAAUAACGGGAUUUCAAGCACUUUGCUUCCUUGGAAUUCAAGUGUUACUCGGAUAUGGAAUUUUUCUCCCAAUAAAUGAACUAAGCCGUAUUUUAUGGGUUUCAUCCUUGCCGUUGAUCUUCACUUACCCGCUCAUGAAGAGAAUUACUUAUUGGCCUCAAGCCCAUCUUGGUUUAACUGCAAAUUGGGGAGCUUUGUACUCAUGGGCUGCUGUUAAAGGAAGUCUUGAUCCUGCUAUUGUCUUCCCGGUCCUCGUUGCUUGCUUCUUCUGGACACUGGAGGUGGAUACAAUAUAUGCACAUCAGGAUAAAGAAGAUGAUGUGAAAGUGGGUGUUAAAUCUACAGCUUUGCUAUUAGGUGAUUCAACAAAAUUGUGGACUACUGGUUUUGGAGUUGCAUCCAUUGCUAGUCUUGCUCUAGCUGGAUUUAACGCUCACAUUGGAUGGCCAUUUUUUGUAUUGCUAGCGGCUGCAUCAGGUCAAAUAGCUUGGCAGAUUUGGGAUGUUGACUUAUCAAACCCAGCAGAUUGUUUCAGAAAAUUUGCAUCAAAUAGAUAUUUUGGUGCUAUUGUCUUUAGUGCAAUUCUGUUUGGAAGACUCUUGUCAUAAAUUAAGGCAAAGGAAAAUUGAAUUGAAAU